AUGAGGCUGGGCGAAGGGGUGGGCUCUGCGCCGCGGGCCCCGCCGCUCCGCCAGCUUCGCGGCCCAGCCCCGCGCUCGGGGAUUGCGGGGCUGCCCUGUGCCCGUCUGGCUUGGAGGGCGGUGGGCGAGGACGCAAGGAUUGGAACAGAAGCGGCGUCUGCCCAGGGCACCCGGAACCGACAGGGCCGGAGACGCUUUUCCUCCAACGCUACCGAGACAGCGGCUGCAGAAGGCUACCGCCCCCCGGGAGUGUCAGGGUCUCUGGCCGUGGCGGCCAGCGAGCCAGGGUUCGGCAAGCCAGCGCCCGGCCGGGAGGGAGGAGCUGCGGAAGGCGGGGACUGGUGCCGGAGGAGGGGCGGGGACUGGUGCCGGAGGAGGGGCGGGAUGGGAACGCUCCCGAGAACACCGUGGCCGCACUGA